UUUAUCCGGAAGGAGGGAGGGUGGUCGGUGCGCGUCCGUAGCGCGUGCUCGCCGGUAUUAAUACCCAAGAGCCCACUGCAACCACCACCCAUCAGACAUUCAAGUGGAAGCUCCCCGAUCUCCAUCACUACAACCAGCCACUUGAGCUCUGAAUCUUUGAAGCUCAGCCAGCUCGCCGCGACCGUCGAGCCUCAAGUUUCGCCAUGUCGAGCGGCGGCCGGAAGCAGCAGCAGCAGGCGGAGAAGCCGGCGGCGGCGGAGGACAUGGAGAUCAAGAAGGUCUUCUCCCGCUUCGACACGGACGGCGACGGCCGGAUCUCGCCGUCGGAGCUGGCCGCCGUGUCCCGGGCCAUCGCGCCGCCGGCCACCGAGUCCGCGCAGGGCCGCGAGGUGGCGUCCAUGAUGGACGAGCUCGACACCGACCGCGACGGCUACGUCGACCUGGGCGAGUUCGCCGCCUUCCACGGCCGCGGUCGCGGGGAGCGCGAGCUGGACGCCGAGCUGCGCGACGCCUUCGACAUCUACGACAUCAACGGCGACGGCCGCAUCUCCGUCGCCGAGCUCAGCAAGGUCCUCAGCCGCAUCGGCGAGGGAUGCAGCACCGAGGACUGCGAGAAGAUGAUCGCCUCCGUCGACGUCGACGGCGACGGCUGCGUCGGCUUCGACGAGUUCAAGAAGAUGAUGACCGGCGACGUCGGAGCCCGACCCGAAGCCGAAGCCGAGGCCGGCGUCCCCGACAGCAACAAAGCCAAGAAGGAGUGAUCCGUUCUUGCUUGUAAAUUGUAGUAAUGUGAGGGGGGCAAGUGAGAAGGAGGUGUAUGUUAAUUGUCAAGUACUCUACCUAUUGGGCAUAGUGUUCUUCUGGUCUGAACAGGGUAAAAAUUGGGAAUAAGGAUCAAUGUGCAAUUGACACUGUUGUGCUGUACCUGUACGGUAACAACGGCUGUGUGUGCACGGUACUCGUAGUACUAGUAGAUAUUUUCUCCGAGUGUGCGCAUCUUGCUAUACUUCAUUUUCACAUGAGAAUGGAUUUAUCAGUUCGGUCA